AUGUCAUGUGCAAGAAGCAACAAAAUGGUGAAAUCUGUCUCAAAAACAGCAAGUUCCUCCUCAUCCACGCCGGCAGCCGCCUCACUCACGGUUCUCCUCUAUUCAACUCCCAACCCGCGGGCAAACGAGGUGUCGCACCUGGACACUGGCAAGUCUUCCGCUGCAAAUGAUAAGAUGGAAUCUCCUAAGAGGGAUCCUGCGCUCCCUCUCACCCGAGGUGAAAUUUUGCAGAUCAAGGUUUCUUGUGGUAUUAUCAACAAAGGAGCAGAAUCUUCCAUGGCGCAAACUUCCGUAGUACUCCUCCCAUCCCCGGUCCAGAAAAAGGUGGAUGGGGAAAUCUUCCAGAUUACAAAUGUUUACGAUCCCAUCGGCAAUACCCCGAAAUUUCCUUCUAGGAGCUUAGAUGUAUUCGUGAUCUCUCUCGAGGCUUGUGGGCCUCUUGGGAAUUUCAAUGUUUUAUUCUCCCUUCGAGACAAAAACGGUUCGUCGUCUAACAUCUCCGAUAUUUUGCUCUUUAGGGAAACAGUGAAUGAUAUUGGGCUGAUCGACCUUCCUCUCCUGAACAAAUCCUACACGUGGUCCAAUGGAAGGCGCACUCCGACUCUAGAACGUCUUGACCGGGCCUUCAUCUCGCAUGAUUGGGUUCGAGACUUUCUGGCUUCGCUAUUCAACCAUGUUUGUGGUCGUAUCAAAUGCGUGGUCUUAUACUCCUUCGACCACUGA